CCCCUCCCUACUCAAAUACCAGUAUACCACCCUUACUUCUUCCCUUGCCCCUUAUUUUCACGCAGCAUAUUCCACGACAAUCCGUGGGGUUCACCAUUCCAUACAAAAAAAAAAACCACUACCCGACAAAAUUCUCACUUCAUCUUCUUCAAUUAAACAUGGUUGGUCCGUGUUCAUCUUGUGCUCCAUUUAACCAGUACUGCACCCACCACUCUCCCGCCGCCGCCAACACCGCCGCCUACUGGCCGCAGCAGUACCCUCAAUACUACAACAACAACUCGACUACUUCAUAUUAUGAUGAUGAGGAGCCUGAUUACAUGUACUCUUCAUCGUCGUCAUCGUCGUCGUAUUCGUCUGUUGAUUGUACUCUCUCACUUGGCACUCCUUCUACUCGUAUGACGACCAACGAACAAACUAAUAAUAAUAAUAAUAAUAAUAGUAAGGCUGCUCCUCAUCGUAGUAGUGUGUCUUCUUUUUGCUGGGAUUUGCUUCACCCUAAUAAGCAAUCAUCUAGCUCUACUCCUAAGGCUAGUCGUAGUAACAACAACCACCAUGCCGCGGCGGCGGCGGCUGUUUCUGGCGGUGGUGAUCCUCUUUUUGUUCGCCGUUGUGCUAAUUGUGACACCACCUCCACCCCUCUCUGGCGCAAUGGUCCUCGCGGUCCCAAGUCGUUAUGCAAUGCGUGUGGAAUAAGGUUCAAGAAAGAGGAGCGAAGGGCGGCGGCGGCAACAACCACCGCAGCGGCGGCCAACAAUGGAGGAGCAGCGGGAAUGAUGGACCCACACUACUACAACGGGUCAUGGGCCCACCAGUAUACACCGGCGACACCACAGAAGAUGCAAUGUUACGGAGCUCCGAAUGAGUUCCGGUUUAUGGAAGAAGAACGGGGCGGGUCCGACACCGGGAUCCAGUUCCUUUCAUGGCUUACCCAUGACAGACCUAGUGGCCUUGUUCAUGAUUUCACCCGUUAACUGAUCCAUUUACCAACAUCCAAAUUUCCCCCCCAAAAAAAGAAAAGAAAAAGAAUUUAUUCAUAGUAAGUAGUUUACUCCUUAAUACGACGUAGUAUGAUGGUUGCCAAUGAUAUGGGAAAAAGGAAAGAGGCCAUGCAAAUGCAACGGACGAGACGACGACGUUUCAUGGGAACAAAUGAGUUUUUGAUGGUGAUGGUUAUGAUUCUUCUCUCUAAGCUCUCUAUUGUCAGAGUUUACCUUUUUCUUUAAUUUUUGUUCUUUAUUCAAGAAAAAAAAAAACAAGUAAGUUGUCGAGGACGACUACCCUUUAAUUUUCCACUUUUUAUCUUUAUUUUAUUUUAUUUUAAAUAUCUUUUUUCUCAAUUAGAAGCCUAGGUAGAGUGCAAAUGGGAUAAUUCUGCGAGUAAGCUAGAUCUUCUUCACCUUAACUUUUUUUAAUUUUAUUUUUAUAAUUUGUUUUUCCCCUUUUGUCAGUAACGUAGUAUAUAUAAAUAUAUAAUUAUAACAUUGUCUAAUUAAUUAAGCUAUAUCUUUUUAGCAUUAGCUAGUCUUAUUUACUGUAUGAUGAAAAUGAUAUAUGAUGAUGAUCAUUAUAUGAAUGAGUAUGAAUCUCUUUUUUGUUUCGUCUUUGA